AUGAUGCUGGAAAUAAUAACAGAUCUAUUGCAGCUUGCCGCAGCGGUGCCAAAUCUGGAUAAAUUGGAUUUAAGUCAAAUCUCUGAUAAACCCUGCUUCAAAACAAAUGCCGUCCUCGCACUACCUUAUUUUCGAAAAUUAAAAACGCUUAUUAUUGACGGUUUUGUAGCGCGAGAAACUGCUGGCAAAGGUAUGCCAAUGAGAGGAUGCUCUCACAGACUGGAAGUACCGCCUCUUCAUCAUAUGCAGCAUUUGGAAGCUCUCGAGCUAAAUUGUUCCUACGAUACUCUCUCCAAGAUAUUGCAUUCACUACGAGAAAGUAAUGCUAUUUUAUAUAACUUGAAACGGGUUCAUUUUGGCGUGAAGCAUUGCUCAGCGAUAUAUCUUGAACUGUUAACAUGGUUCUUGUCAGAGCACCGUUCGCUUCGCUCAGUACGCAUCAGCAAUGCAUUGUUUGCCACCACUGUUCAGCUGAGACGAUUUUACGAGUAA